GUGGACUCCUGGCUAGAGCUGUUUUGGGGUAGCAUCUGCUGCUGCUGUUGCUGGCUUGGGUCCGGUCGCCAGGACUGUACUGAAACUUUUACUGCCAGAGUGACAAAGGAAGCCUGAUAGUUUGUCACCACUUCAAGCCCAGCAAGUUAACCUGACAGCAGAUAAAUUGUGGACCAAAGAAACAUAAUGAAGAUGGGAAGAACCACUUGUAUUACAAAGGAAUGACAAGAAAAAAGCAGUCUAAAAGGAAAGAUAAAAGAGGAUUGACUCAGCCAAGAAGAAAGUUCUUUUUGAUGUAGGGUACUAUUUUGGAGAAACUGCUCAAGACAAAGAUAAGGCAAGAAGCCCUCUCAGAUUUGAGGGGAGUCAUGAGCCGUUUCCUGAAUGUGUUACGAAGCUGGCUGGUUAUGGUAUCCAUCAUAGCCAUGGGGAACACACUACAGAGCUUCCGAGACCAUACCUUUCUCUAUGAAAAGCUCUACACCGGCAAGCCAAACCUGGUGAAUGGCCUCCAAGCUCGGACCUUUGGGAUCUGGACGCUGCUCUCAUCAGUGAUUCGCUGCCUCUGUGCCGUUGACAUCCACAACAAGACGUAUGCUCUACCACAUCACGCUCUGGACCUUCCUCCUGGCCCUGGGGCACUUCCUCUCCGAGUUGUUUGUAUACGGGACCGCGGCUCCCACGAUUGGCGUCCUGGCACCCCUGAUGGUGGCAAGUCUCUCAAUCCUGGGUAUGCUAGUUGGGCUCCGAUACUUAGAAGCAGAACCAGUAUCCAGACAGAAGAAAAGAAACUGAGGCCAACAGUACCACCUCUGAGACCUCGUCUGCCACCUUUGCUGUCUUCUUCCGUCAUCCUCUCUGCGCUUUGAUUUCUUCCUCUCUGCUCCAUCAUCAACCCCUUACCCACUUCUAGCCUUUUACGUUUUGUUUUGGUUUUAUUACAUUUAAAAUUUUUAAAGCUGUAACCUGCAUACAGGAAAGUAUAUAACAUGUAUGAACAAUUUAAAGAAUCAUCUUAAAGUGACGACUCUGUACUUCCAUCCAGAUCAAGACAUCGCCAGCACCUCAGAAGCCCAGUGUGUGCCCUUCUCCCACCCGCAAUCUCUGAGGAUCUCUCUCUGAGCCUCCUGCUUUCAUCCUUUCAUUUCCACCCCUCCGUUUGACUUGUGUGGUGGGAACAAGUGGACUGGAACUUCAAGCUGCUGCCUCACCCAGAGCAGCUGCCACCAAGGGCUGCUUCCAGGGGUUGUCCACAUACACUGGCUCCUCUCUGCUGCUAGACCCGAGACUCCGCACGAUCUGAGGAACAGGUGGUUCUUCUAAGAAGGGCUCCCCUGUGAGUGAGCAUGGCUUACAUCCUUGUAGCUACACGUGGAUUAUGGUUGGAAGAGUCUGGGCUGUUUUUAGACCUUCGGGUCAGCUGUAUUUGUGUAAGGAAUUUUGUAAUAAACAGAAAAACCCUC